GCGGGCGCGCGCGCCGCCGGCAGAGCCGCAGUUAAAAUGGUCCGAGCGGGUACCGGCGUUGCCCCCGCUGCCGCGCUGACUGACUGAGCCGGCUGACCGGGCCCGACUGGUCGCCUAGCCGGCAGGCUCGCUCGCUCCCUCCCUCCCUCGCGUCCCUAAAGCUCGCUCCCAUCGUUCUCCCGGCUUCUCUGGGCAAAGCAUGUAGCCCCCUUCGGGCACUCCGGCGGCCCGCGGCUAACGCCCACCCCCCUACCGUCGCGUGUGUGCCCGUGUGUGCGUGUGUGUGCGCAGAGCGGGCGACCCCGCUGCGGGCCGGAGGCCGAGCCAGCGAGCGGCCUGCCCCGCUGCCGGGAGCUCGCCUCUCUGGGCCUCCCUCCCUCCCGUCCUGGUGCCCCUCCUCGGGGCCUUCUAUAUGGGCCACCUUCUCUCGAAGGAGCCGCGUAACCGCCCGAGCCAGAAGAGGCCUCGCUGUUGCAGUUGGUGCCGCCGCCGGCGCCCUCUCCUCAGGCUGCCCCGCCGGACCCCAGCCAAGGUGCCCCCUCAGCCGGCGGCGCCCCGGAGCCGGGACUGCUUCUUCCGCGGGCCCUGCAUGCUUUGCUUCAUCGUGCACAGUCCCGGCGCGCCCGCCCCCGCCGGCCCAGAGGAGGAGCCGCCGUUCUCGCCGCCGCCGCCGCCGCGGGACGGGGCCUACGCUGCCGCCGCCUCCUCUUCUCAGCACCUGGCGCGGCGCUACGCGGCCCUGGCCGCCGAGGACUGCGCCGCAGCCGCCCGCCGCUUCCUGCUAUCCUCGGCCGCCGCAGCCGCCGCCGCUGCUGCCUCGGCUUCGUCGCCCGCCUCUUGCUGCAAAGAGCUGGGGCUGGCUGCGGCCGCCGCCUGGGAGCAGCAGGGCCGAAGCCUUUUCCUGGCCAGCUUGGGGCCGGUGCGUUUCCUGGGGCCGCCCGCCGCUGUGCAGCUCUUCCGGGGGCCGCCGCCGCCGGCCGAGCCCCUUACGCCCCUCGAAAUGGUGUGCAAGCGGAAGGGGGCCGGGGUCCCCGCCUGCACCCCCUGCAAGCAGCCCCGCUGUGGCGGCGGGGGUUGCGGCGGCGGUGGCGGCGGCGGCGGCGGUGGGGGAGGGCCUGCCGGGGGAGGCGCCUCGCCGCCCAGACCCCCCGACGCCGGCUGCUGCCAGGGUCCGGAGCAGCCCCAGCAGCCGCUCUGCCCCCCGCCCUCUUCUCCCACUUCCGAAGGUGCUCCCACCGAGGCUGGCGGGGACGUUGUCCGAGUCGGGGGCACCGCCCCCUCGUCCGCCCAGCAGCAGCGUGAAUGUGGCGACGCGGACUGUCUGGAGCCCCCCGAAAACCCCUGCGACUGUCACAGGGAGCCGCCCCCCGAAACCCCAGACAUCAACCAGCUGCCGCCGUCCAUCCUGCUCAAGAUAUUUUCCAAUUUGUCACUGGAUGAGCGUUGCCUUUCUGCAUCAUUGGUUUGCAAGUACUGGCGUGACCUUUGUUUAGACUUCCAGUUUUGGAAGCAGCUGGAUCUUAGUAGUCGUCAGCAGGUCACUGAUGAAUUAUUGGAAAAAAUUGCAUCAAGAAGUCAGAAUAUAAUUGAAAUCAACAUUUCUGAUUGUCGUAGUAUGUCUGAUACUGGCGUAUGUGUUCUAGCAUUUAAAUGUCCUGGACUUCUUAGGUAUACAGCCUACAGGUGUAAACAACUUUCUGACACCUCUAUUAUUGCGGUUGCCUCUCACUGUCCUUUACUUCAGAAAGUGCAUGUAGGCAACCAGGACAAACUUACUGAUGAAGGACUCAAGCAGCUGGGCUCAAAAUGCAGAGAACUCAAAGAUAUUCAUUUUGGCCAAUGUUACAAGAUCUCAGAUGAAGGCAUGAUCGUCAUAGCUAAGGGCUGUCUGAAAUUACAGAGAAUAUACAUGCAGGAAAACAAAUUAGUGACAGAUCAGUCGGUGAAAGCAUUUGCUGAACACUGUCCUGAGCUUCAAUAUGUAGGCUUCAUGGGUUGUUCAGUCACUUCUAAAGGAGUCAUUCACCUAACCAAGCUUAUAGCUAAGCAACCUUUUUCUUCAACCUUCCUUCAUUUCACAACUAUUAGAAAGCUGCUAUAUUGGCAACACAAUGAUGAAAAAAAACAGCUAAGAAACCUUUCCAGCUUGGACCUACGUCAUAUCACUGAACUGGAUAAUGAAACCGUGAUGGAAAUUGUCAAGAGGUGCAAAAAUCUUAGCUCUCUCAAUCUCUGUCUGAACUGGAUCAUAAAUGACAGACAGGAUCUCAUUGUGUUCCCCAGGCUGGUCUAGAACUCCUGACCUCCAGUGAUCCUCUCGCUGCCUCUGCCUCUCAAAGUGCUGGGAUUAUAGGCAUGAGCCACUGUCUGGCCCAGUUUUUACAUUUUUGAUGAAAAUUCAUCAAUAUUGUGUUAUGCCAAUUUCGUCUAAACACAAUACUUUCCAUUGAGUGUAAAAGUGGGGGAGAGGGGAGACAGCAGAAGAGAGAAAGAUGUUGUUACCUCAGCUUUUAUUUUUUUCUGCUUCCACUUUAUCCUGGAUGUUGGAAAACUGAGUUCUUGCUGCUUGCUAUGGUCUGAAUGUUGUCCCUCAAAAAGUUACAAGUUGAAAUUGAAUACCUAUUGUGAUAGUAUUAAGAGGUAGAGACUUUUGGAAGGUGAUUAAAGUGAUGAGGGCAGAGUGCCCUUAUAAAAGAAGGUGAAGUGAAUGCCCCGGUCUCCUUCCACCAUGUGAGGAUGCAACAGCAAGGCAUCUUCUAUGAAGCAGAGAGAGAACCUUCACCAGAUAUUGAGUCUGCUAGUUCCUUGAUCUUGGACUUAUCAGCCUCCAAAACUGGGAGAAAUACGUUUCUAUUUCUUAUUAAUUACUCAGCCUAAGGUAUUUUGUUAUAGAAGCAGCAACAGACUAAGACCCUGGUCUUGUGGCCUGUGUGAGAUAAGGUUUCACAGAUCCCUUUUUGCUGGAAUCUGUUUGAGGAUCUCUAGCCUACACUUCUAGGGUCCCCACCCCAGGGUACAUAUUCUCUAAAUGUUUCUCUUCUCCUCUAUGUGGAAACUGUAGAUAGUCUUUGGCAUGAGAGAAAUGACUGAUUCUCCAGGAGUCUUCUAGAUCUUUGUGUGAUGGCAAAAGUUAUAUAGCUUUAGUCCUUAAUCAUAAAAGCCCAUUUAUUAUAACUCAAAAGCCUGGGUAGGGUUUAUAAAACUCAAAGAAGAAUUCGAUUCUUAUUUUCUCAGGAUUGCUUCUCUGAGAAAAUUGUGAGGUAGACUUUUGUAGCCAUUUUGAUUGGGGGAAGAGGGUAUGGCAUUUCAAGAACUGAACUGGGAGCGAGUGUGAAACUCCUGUUAAUAUAUCCUACUAUAGUGAUAGUGAAAGAGAAAGUACCACUAGAAUUACCAUGGAAGCCAUGAAUCAAAUUUAUCCUCAUUUGAAUAUGGGGAUUUGUACUUCCCUUUUUUUUUUUGGUACCAAACUGGUGAAAUUAAUACAGGUUCUAAGAUCCUGGUUCAGCUUUGGUGAUGAGUCUUAAUAUCUUAUGAUUACCACUGCUGUCUUGUGCAUUUCUGACUCAAUGUUGAUAGUGAUUGUCUCUAUAUUGUAAUAAAUUAUUAUUACUAUUAUUAUUUAGGCAACUGAAGAUUUAGUGCUAUAUUUUGUAAGUAAAAUGGUUCCUUUGCUGUCCUUUAAAAAUGUCCUUUGGGAACUGACAGAACCACUUAAAGUUCUGAUUUCAAAUAACUCUUCAAAAUUGACCUCAUUGUUGUUUAAAAUAAUUUCCAUUAUCUGACAAGUCAUUUUCUUUAUUUGUAGAAAUGGGACUAAAAAUAUAAUCUGUUUCAGAUCCUUGACUUCCCCAUAGUAAACAUUGUAAGAUACUUCUUAACAUUUCUGUGUUAGUAAAUGAAAGUAAGUGGGAGAAGGAAGGAAAUUGGCCAGUUAGUAUUGUUUAAUGAGGGAAAUUAUUAAGUAAGCUGCUUUGGUGGGGAGAUAAAACUGAAGAUGUCUUUAUCUAUCUGAUGCUGGAAUUUAUGAACUUUAGAGUUCUGUCCAAUUCUAGCAAUUCUGAAAGAGAAGAAAUUUGUGAUGCCCUUGUCUUUGAGGAAUAGAGUUCUGCUUGUUACUAUGUGAUCUCUACUUAUUUAUUUCUGUUAAGUUCAUUGUUUUGUUUUUGAUGCAUUUUCUUCACAAGUACUUUACUUCUAAUGACAGAAGUAGAAAAUUAUCUGAUCAGUAAACUUAAUGCAUGUUUUUAAAUCUAAAUUAUAUUAUUCAAUCCAUCAUUGGCAAGUGCUAUAAACUAGAAUAUAUCAAAGUAUAUGGAAAAUUUGGUCCUAAUUUACUAUUUUCUUAAAAAUUUUUGUGAAACUCUGAUAGUGCAGCAACUGUUUUCUCUACCUAAUGCCAUUUUUUUCUUGGUUCUAGUGGGUUUUGAUUGAAAAUGCAUAAUCCUAAAACAAUGUUUUUAAAAUGUUAUUAUGCUUCUCCAUCACAUUUGCAUUUUUAAAUGUAGAAAAGUUAGCAAUAUCAGUCUGUAAGUCUAACUAAAUUACUUGAAUAUUAAACAUGUUUGUUUUCAAUUUAUAUGGAGAUUCAGAGUCAUGAGCUCUAUUUUACUGGUUCCUCCAGGUAAAAUAGGCCAACUAAAAGAUUUUGUCAGUUUCAUUCCUAUUAUGAUUUAAUUUAGUUAGAGAAUUUCAGUAGAUUAUAUGUGUUAAAGAAGUUUCUGAUAAGAAAAAGUAUGCAAAAUCUAUUAGACAUACUGUAUGAGGAAUGUUUAUGAAAUAGUUUAAAAUGUAGACAGUAUAGAAUUACUAGGUACAGUUUUUUGCCUACAGCAGUUGACUAUCAAAUGAUUAGAAAUGUUGGAACACUUGGUAUAUCUUUGAAAGAAAAAUCUUUAGAAGUCUGUAUCUACCCUUGGCAAGUAGCCAAAUCCAUGUAUUAUGGCAUUUUAAUAUAAUUUUGUUUUUAUAUCAGAUUUUUAAAUAUUUUUAGCUGUGGGAAAUUGCUUUCUCCAGUCAACACAUGAUUAAAUUAUGGCUUUUUCAUGUUAGAAAUAAUUCCAGCAUAUGUAUAUUGGUCCAUGUGAAUACCUAAAUUCGGCCCAAAUGAUUUACUAUUUAUCAUAUCAUUUUGGAUUCAUGCAGAAUUAGUUUUUUUAAGCGCCUUUUAAGAAUCACUUUCCCUAAUAGUAUGUGCAUUAACUCUUUGAGGGCAUUAGAGUAUAAUCUGGAAGAAAACAAUGUUCUCCUUGAAAUGGGUCAAAUAGAAAACCUCUUUUUAACUUAAGAUUCUUUUUAAUUUGGUCAAGUGUGCUAUAAAUACCAAUUAUAGAACCAAAGUAAGGUUUCCAAGGAUAUGACCCUUCCUUGGUUCUGCUGUCAUCAUACAAAUGUGAGUUGCUAUUCUGUUUUUCAAAAGCUGCAAAUAAGGAGAUGCUAUAAUAUUUCUCUGUCGUUUUUCAAUUAUAAGUUUUUUUUAUUAGGUUAAGUUUUGGGGGUUUUGUUUGUUUGUUUUUUUUUUUAAUCAAAAUCUCUACCAGCUUACUGGGACAUAGAUUAAGAAAUUGAACAGUGUGAGUUAUGUUUUCUUUGCCAAAAUGGAGUCUUUUCUCAAAUUUGUAUGGAGCAAAAUUGCAGACAUAUCCACAGACAGGAUGAUUAUCAGUCUAAGAAAUCAGUUUUGGGUUUUGUUUUUUGUUUUUUUUUUUCAUGAAAAAAAGCAAGUUCACAAGUAUGAAGAAUAUAGAAGCACCUUUACUUCGGCUAAGGGACUCCAGGAAGGUUUAUUGGAUGUUUCUUGGUGCCAUCUGGGCUUCAAAAUAUACUUAAAUAUUCAUAUACAUAAAAGAAGAUGGAAGAAAUUUAGCUACAAAUGUUUGUAAAAGCAGAGGCAGAAGAAAGCAGGGUACAAUCAGAAGACUGAGUGUUCCACUGUGACCAAAAAUCUGUUGUAGAAAAUCUGGUCAUGAAGAGAUGCCUGUGGUUACACUUUAUGUUCUUUAUGAAAUACUAUAGCAAAUGAAUAAAUACUUAAUAGAAUGUUCUUUGUGUACACACACACACACACGAAUGCUGUUCUUCUGGUAAAACAUUUUAACUGUCUAUUUAUUGAAGAAUGUGUUUAGUAUCUGAAUAAUUUUGUGUGGUGGGAUCUGUAAUGUCAUAUUUUCUCCUUUAAGCACUUAAAUUCAUCAUGUAAGGGAGUGAUCCCCAACCUUUUUGGCACCAGGGGCUGGUUUUGUGGAAGACAGUUUUUCUGUGGACUCAGGGUUGGGGAGCAGUUGGUCUCAGAAUGAAACCAUUUCACCUCAGAUCAUCAGGCGUUAGGUUCUCAAAAGGGCCAUGCAACUUAAAUCCCUCAUAUGUGCAGUUCAUAAUAGGGUUCAUGGUCCUGUGAGAACCUUAUGCCCCUGCUGCUGCUGCCGAUCUGACAGGAAGUGAAGCUCAGGUCAUAACACUUGGCCACUGCUUACCUCCUGCUUAGUAGCCUGGUUCCUAAUAGGUUGGGGACUUCUGGUAUAAGGGUUUUUACAGUUUGAAAGAAAUCCUGUCUAACUUCUCAUCAACAUUUUUUUCCUAUGGUUUUCCUUGUUCCUAACUUGUUUUCAAAUAAAAUGGUAAGUAUUACUAAUUGAUAUUAUUUAUGUGGGCUGUAGGCAAAAAAUCAGUUAACAAAUUGAUAUUUAUUUAUAAACAACAUUUUGGACAGAGAUGCUCUCUGUGAAUGCCAAAGCACUGCUGCUUUGAGUCGAUUAAGAAAAUAAAUAAGGCUCAUCUAGAAAUUCAAGUCCAACUGAUUUACCAUUUACUCUAUCAUUUGGGUCUGUACAGAUUUAGCUCAUUAAACACCUUUUAAGAAUCUCUUUUUGCUAAAAGUAGACUGGGGAAAAAGUACCAAAACAGUCUUUGAAAAAAUUACUAUUUGCAAAAAAGAUUACAGAGGCAGUAAAACGUUGAAUUCAAAAUAAUUAUAAUUAGAGUAGAGCUUCUUACAGUUUCUGAAGUACCAGUUCAAAAAUGAUAGGAAUAGAGAGAGAAUAUUUUAAGUGUAGACAAAUUAAUGCCAACCAAAGUGACAUUAGAAUGUGUUUGUAUUUUUGUGUUUAUACAUGCUCAUCUUGUUAUUCUGCUACUAUGUGAAACAUAUGCUUUUAAGUGCCAGAGAUUUAAAGAUAAAUGUAACAACCUCCAUUCUGAAGGAGCUGAUAUUCUAGUAGGAGAACCACAUUUUUAAACCAAUAAUGAAAACACGUAAAGAGAGUCAAACAUACUGAGCUCUGCUGGAAGUUUAUCAGAGCGCAGGUGAAUCAACUCAACUUGGAAUGGGAGCCGUGAGGUUGAAAAUGAUUCAUAGAGAUGUGAUGUUUACACUGAAGCUUGAAGGAUAAAGGAGACUUUCCCAUGUGGACAUUGGAGGCGAACAGUGCCCACAUGUGCAGACCUGGGGCAUAAAACAAUGUAUAGUCUGAUUGCUGGAUUCUGACAUGAGGAUGAGUGUUAGAAAGUGACUGAAGCAGGCUGGGCAUGGUGGUUCAUGCCUGUAAUUCCAGCACUUUGGAGGCCAAAGGAGCCGGAUCACGAGGUCAGGAGUUCGAGAGCAGCCUGACCAACAUGAUUAAACCUCGUUCCAAUCAAAAUACAAAAAUUAGCCGGGCAUGGUGGCAGUGCCUGUAAUCCUAGCUACUCAGGAGGCUGAGGCAGGAGAAUCGCUUGAACCCAGGAGGUGGAGGCUAUAAUGAGCCAAGAUUGCACCAGUGCACUCCAGCCUGGAUGACAAGAGCGAGACUCCAUCUCAAAAAAAAAAAUAAAGUGACUGAAGCAAACAAGGUUCGGGUGGGUCCUACAGAGAUUAGGACGCCAUCUUGAGGUGUUUGGAAAUUUCUCCAGAGGCUCCACAUUGCCUUCAGAUUAAUUAGGCAAGCAACCUGAUCAGAUCUGUUUUUAGAAACAGAACUUCUGUAGAUGUGUAGAAGAGUGGCUGGAAAGAGAAAGGACUGAUGUUUUUUUUUUUCAUUGAAAAAAAAAAUUGAUUAGUUCCUAUAAUGGCUUAGGUAUAUGGUUUGAGACUCCUGAGUUACAAAGCAAAGAAAACCUGGCCUCUGCCUUGCUCAGAGAAUAGCAGGGAUACCGCAUUUUUAGCACAUAAAAAUAUAGUAUGGAAAGGUCUGUAGUGAUAGUAGUCAUUUUGACAAUAAAAACGAAUGUGUGAAA